CAAAAGUUUCACAAGGACAGUAGAGUGUCCGCUCACUGGACAAGACUGACACAAGCCGAAGAAAACUGCCCGCUAAUUUUGAAGAGGGAAACAAGCUACUAUGCCGAUUUGAAGAAACUACGCGGUGACAAAACUGUAAAAGAGAACACGCCGUCACUGUGGAUUAUUUCAUUCAUUUCAUUGCCGCAAAAGUUUUCCCAGAUGGAAAUCGAAUGCCUGGCACUGAAAGACCUCUCAAGUCCGAGGAAAAGUUUCACGGCGAAGCCCGAAGAAGACGAUGGUCAAAGUGAGCAAAAGGAAAAUUUGUACACAGAGAAGAGAAUAUCCCCACUGAAAUUGGCAGAGUCCACCAUUCCUAUUUUACUGGUGAACAGGAAGAGUUCCACUCCUGAUCUGGCCCACAUCACCCCCAUCAAACACACGGCAAUAGCUGAGCCUUGGACACCCACAUCCAAUCUGAAGAUGCUAAUCAAUGCAGCUAGCCCGGACAUCCGGCACAGAGAGAUGAAGAAGGUGCUGUUUAGACCAAUAGAGAAUGAUAAAGACAAGCCACCAAGCCCGGAUACGCUGGUGGAGGACAUAGAAGUGGAAGACUCUUGUCAGUUUGAAGCUGUGGAUGAGGAGGAAGAUGUGGAGAAAAAGCCGAGCAGGAAACAGAAGAGUCUGGGUCUGCUAUGCCAGAAGUUCCUGGCCCUUUACCCUGAAAACCCCCCACCUCACAGCACCGUUGGGAUUUCACUGGAUGAAGUGGCAACCAGUCUGGGAGUGGAGCGACGGCGUAUCUACGACAUUGUCAACGUGCUGGAGUCUCUCAUGAUUGUGGGUCGAAUAGCCAAAAACAGCUACACCUGGUAUGGCCGCCAACGGCUGCAGGAGACACUGGAGGACCUGCAGCGGAAGGGUCGAGAGCAAGGCUACCACCUCCAGAUGGAUCUGGCCACGGAGAGCAGGAAGCCCGGACAGGGCCGCGAAGAUGACGGAGGGGAGGAAGACGCUGGAAAUGCUGGCAGCAACAGGAAGGACAAAUCUCUACGUAUCAUGAGCCAGAAGUUCGUCAUGCUCUUCCUGGUGUCCAAAACUCAGACUGUUACCCUGGAUGCUGCUGCAAAGAUCCUUAUUGAAGAGAGUCAGGACUCCUCAAGUCAUAGCAAGUACAAAACUAAGGUGCGGCGUCUGUAUGACAUCGCCAACGUGCUGACGAGUUUAGGUCUCAUUAAGAAGGUUCAUGUGCGAGAGGAGAGAGGAAGGAAGCCGGCCUUUAAGUGGCUCGGCCCGGUGGAUUUCAGCAACUCAGGAAAUACUGAAAACAAUUUGAAUGUAGCAGCAGUCGUUCCUUCUGAAGCUGUGAACAACCAGGACCUCAGAAAAGUGAAAAUGGCACGUCACGCAUCCUUUAACAUCAUGCCUACUUCUGUUGCUGUGCAGCGGCAGGUCAGCUCUGCACCCAGCAGCCCGCACUGUCACCCAACGGGUCUGCCAAACCUGCCUGUGGAUUAUUCUAGGACUACAAGCACCGGUGCAGUGUGUCAACAGCAGGCUGGAAAUAGUGCUGACAGCCGACCCACCACUCCGCUUCAGACACAAACUCCGCAGAGCAGCAGCUACCUGCACCCGUCCUCCACUCAUCCUGCCGUUCUGGCAACUCAGCCUCACCUCGAGCCCCUCCUCAUCUCCUCUCCUCAUUGCUUGGCCUACCUGCCCAGCCUGUCCCAGCCCUCUGUGGUCAUGCUGUACAGGGUGCCAGACAAGCCCGACCCCGUGGCUGAAGGUCAACGCUCACCCAACUUGGAGUCUGGGGAGGAGAGGAAGAGGAUGAGAGAGGAAAGCAGAGAGGAUGAAACACAGGUGAAGAAGAAGAGAAACUCUGGCUUAGAAGAAUGUGACAAGAAAGUAGACUAUCCGCAACCUCAAAGGGACGAAGAGGAGUGUUCACAGAUGGGGAACUUCUGUAGCGAGCAGGUGUUCAUGGAGAGUCAAGGUGGAAACGGCAGCAGCGAGCACGCCCAGCUUUCACACUACCUCUACGUACCCAACAAUGCAGGAUUAAACAACCUCAACUUCCUCCUCCCAGCUGGACAGCCUCCAGCCAGCGUAGCACUUCCUCCCAGCAGCAUGCCCGCCAUGGCACUGCCAUAUGUCCUGGUUCCCUCUGCCGCCCUCUCCCACUUCCCCCUGGUGGCUGGCGGUGUACAGCAACAAGCCUCUGAUAAUCCCACCAAACUGAGUUUCAGCCUGCCUGCUAUGAUGUCACCCCAUUUUAUGGUGGGGGCUACGUCUUACAGUGUGGCAGCGGCGUCGGAAAUCAGCAGGUCGCCGGUUCCUUUGCCGAUCAAUCCAGAACAGAGCGCGCUUUAUGUGCCAGUGGCAGGCACCCCACACUCUCCAUCAGGACCCCGGCACACUGUCAGCAUUAACACACCAGAACCACUGACUCCACAUACUCCAAAGGAAACCACAGCUUCCUCUUCGAAAGCCUUCUUCCAGACCCCAGGAACUCUGGGAAAUGUAGUACCGACAGCCCGAAAAAGAGGUUCAGCACAGAGGAGACUGGACGUUGGCCACCCAGCGGCCAUCUAAAGAGAUGGAAACUUGUGUUAAGAUGGUAGAACAUGGUUAAAAAAUUUUUGGUGCUUAGUUUUUCCUCAAGGUUGCCUUAAAAAAAAAUGUAAACUUAUACAUUUUAGAAAAAGACUAAUGUGACUUGAAAUCCUAAAAGAUGGAACAUUUUUAGAAAGUUAAACUUUGUUCAUAACUUUUUAGUAAAUUGUGUUUCAUCUUGGGAUGAAACGUUUAUUUCAUAGCAAACUGUUUAAAUGUGCCUCUUGGUUCGAUUAUGGGAUAUGAGAGGAAAUAAGUGAAGCUGUACUGCUAAUGCAACGGGGCCCUCCUGUGGUGGGAGUUGGUCAAUGCUUUAUUUUUUUCCCCAUUUCAGCCUUAAGUUUCCCAUCCUGGACCUGAUCAAGCUACCUAAUUCCUGAAUCCUCUAUGUAUUAUAGCCCAAUUGCUAUUUAUAUUUUAGCUAAUAUAUGUUGAUUACAGUGUUUUUAAGGAACAUGUAAUUUUUUUUAGCACACUAAAAGUUGAUCAAAAGUGUGUAAUUUUGAAUUUAUUUAGUUUUGCCAUAACUGGAUCCCUUCAUAUUUAGUUACAUUAUGAAGGUGUGAUAGGAAUCAACUAGCUGCUCACCCAUUUACAAUGACAGUGGAAGGAAAACCUUCCCUUCACUCAUUUUUAGACAUUUCUGAAGGAGAAAAAAAAAUCACUAAAGCCUUAAAUGUUUACAGCAUUUCAAGUAUCUAAACUGUUGCGUUCAAAUCCUUCUUUUUCCAUUUUUAUCCCAGUUAAACACCAAACCCUGACACUGUUACUGAAGCCUUAAAGACAAUGUGACUAUGUUCUCAGGUACUUGAAUAGUAGUACUAAAUGUUAUUUAUAUCGGAGUACUGUAAAAAGUAAGAAAUUCCUUUAGUUAUAAAAAGGGAAAGUAGACAGAGCUUCUAUGCUUCCAUUUCUUCUGUCUUUAGCAUUGUGCCACACAUAUACAGCAAAAUUACAGACAACCAGCAUGUGCUGAUGGGUGUUGCUUUCUCAGGUUGGCCUGAAAUUUACAUCAAAUCAUAAGUUGACAGUAUUUCUCUCAGACAACCCAGAACAAAUGUUGGUGCUUUAGGU